UAGGUAGUCUUUAGUGUUGGCCAUCAACACCGAUGGUGUUGGCAGCCAGUACAAAACGCACGCUUCGUUGUACAUACUCAUAGAGUUAUAGAGCCCUAUGGUCAGUGCCAUGGUCGUAGUCUCAUCUAUCAUCUGAUUUAGAUUCUCGAUGUGUUUGGAACAGCCUUAUCUACCUGCUUAUCUAAACUUCAAUAGAUAAAUGAUUGUAUUCUACUGUAUUUCUAGUGAACAACGUUGUUUUGUGAUAUCGUAGUGCAGAACACUUACAUUCAUCUGCAUUACACGAUGGACAAUUUUUCUACGCAGAGGUACACCGAGACUAAAAUGGAAAGCUUUGAUUCUUGUAUGAUCGAUGCUCCUAACCAACAACCAGAAAUGGUUCAAUCAGUCACAGAACAGUCGCAGCCGCAGCAGCAAAUAGACUCUCAAGAAAGUCACGAUGGUAUGCAUCCACAGCAUCAGUCAACACCGUUGCCGUUAAUACAAAUUCAACCAAACUCUCAGCCAAAUGCAACACUUACUCCGGUACGACUUCCGGCAAUCCUGGAUGGAGAAUUCUUCACCGUAAUCAGAGUUCAGGAGACGAAUGUCACAGUCAGAUGUCUACAGUGUCAGAAAUUGCUCAACGGGAACCUCAAAUCAACUGGGAAUUUUCUUAGUCACGUCAAAAGAGUACACCCGUUUUUGAUUGAAAAAAUUAAAACAAAAUCGAAUCAAAGGAAACCUGCCACUGUUUAUAUAGACAUGACUGCUGACUCCUGUCCAGAAAUCGUCAGAACUAAGAGAGGAUAUAGGAAAUGUUACAAAAGUGAGAAAUACCCACCCGGAUCAGACGAAGCUUGUGAUCAGCCGAUCGAAUGGUCUGAAUCUCCAAUACCUCGCAGGCGGAGAUCGGAAGAACCAAAUGACACUGGUGAAAUAUUGAAGUUGUCACAUAAUAACUCAUUUGUGGUCGAAGAUGAGUAUGACGCCAUUGGUCGUAAUAUUGCGGCCAAAUUACGCAACAUGCGACUUGAUCAAAGGAUAAUUAGUGAAAAACUGUUGAAUGAUAUUUUAUUCGAAGCACAACUUGGUAAUCUCCACAGAGAUUCAAGUAUACAUAUAUAAAAAGAAACUGUACAUAGUAAUAUCAUCCACUUGGUGUAUAAUGUGAAAGAAAGGACACAUUCAUUUUUGGGGGAUGGACAACGUAUGUGCUGAAUUCAAUGUUUUGAAAACAGAAUCCACGAGCACUGCACUCAUCUACCCAUGAAACUGUAAGAGUUUCACGAAGUUGAAAUUUGUAGCGUCAAUGCAACGAAUCAAUGAAGCAAGGUACCAACCUUUCGCAACCUUAUUAAUUGGAAAUUUGCAGGUAUUGCGAUUGCAAAGUGAGUAUGCUUCGCUUCAUUUAUAGUAUUGUUACUAGCUGAAAAAUUGAUGUGACGUCGGAAUAACUCCAAGUGAGCUAAAUUUUCUAGUACACCUACCUUUUAUCAUUCAUAAUAUGCUGUGAAAAGUUUCCAGCGAUCUGUUGUAGACAGUACUUUUGACAGUGCUCAGAUUAGUUAAGUUUGGAUAAGGAUUUUACAACUACAAAGGUUAAAAAUGAUAAGUUGAGCAAAUUUCAAAUGUAAAAGAUGGUGUAUAGUUUUUUUCAUAGAAGCAAUAAUAUCUACAAAAACUCAGUAUGAAAGUCACAAUACAAGCAAAUACUACUGUUUUAUUACACAAAAAGAACCUGUGAGUUAUAUUUUGAACGAGAGACAUAUUGAAUGCAUAUAAGUUGUAUAUAAAAAAAAAAGUGUUGAAAUGCAUUAUGACAAAAACCUUAAUUUAUUCGAAAAAGCAGCUGUCAGAAUGUAUACAUUUUAUUAUAAUUAAAGGUUAUACUUUUUCUGCUGCUAAAUGCGGAUUGUUUGCAGAUUUGAGAACACGACAACUCAAGGUCAUUUUUUGUUUCAUUCAGCUCUUGUUUUCCUUUUUUAUCUUUCAAAAUAAUUCUCUCAACCGAAAAAAAAGCUUUAGGAAUGAAACCAUUGAUGUCAUCAAACAUAUUGUAGCUUUGAGGAUAACAUUCAGUUUUGCAGGCUACUGAAAAAUAUUGCAUUAAAUAAUUGCUAUACAUGCUGCUGGAACUCUAAACUGGUCUUCCUGGAAAUCCUGUUUUCAAAUUUCAUACCAUUUUUUGUUCAAAUCGUAGUCUACGUCUCAUAAACAAACAAUGGUUAAUUUUCCAAUGUUAUUGGAAAAAGCGACUCUAUCCCCGUAUCUUUCUUCAAGUGUUUCCUUCAUUGUUUUUUCGGCUGACUUAUAAUGUUCCAAUAAUUCUUUCAAUUUCUUCAAUAUAAAGUGGUAGUUGUCAUUAUUUUUUAUGUAAGAAUAAAUGAGUUUCAUCGUUACAACAAUUUGAGCAUCCAGAAGGUGACCUUUUCUGCUUCCUAUAGUUAAAGCAUGACAGUUAACAAAGCAAACAUCGUGGUAUUUGGCUUCAGUUUCAACUGAAACAGAUUCAUAAGUAAUGCGUCGUUUAACACUUAGCUGGCACCGUCCUCCAGCAUAAUAUAACUGGUAAUACUGGUAUACUGGGACGUCUCAUACCCUAACCACUAAAAUUCAUAUCGCGAAAAGUACUGGUUAUUUUAAUUUGCAAAAAUGACUAGGUAGUUUGUUUUCCAAUUUAUGUAUAUGAGGUAUUCCAUACCAACUGAGAGGACAUUUUCCCUGACCCCUGCUAAUUUGCUUCAUUAUUUUCUAUAUGAUUUUACAACCUAAAAAAAGCACUUGCCAUUUUUUUCAGAUUUUUCGUCCCAACCAUUCUUUUUU